AUGAUGAUGGAGAAGUCAACGGACCUCGAGGUCAAGCCGGCCAGCGACGCCUCGGGCUCCAACUCGCUCAAUGGCUCCAAGGACAUCGAGGCCGCCGACACCCAGCUCAAGCGUGGCAUGCAGAGCCACCAUCUCCAGUUCCUCGCCAUCGGUGGCACGAUAGGUACCGGGCUUUUCCUGGGUAGCGGUACCGCCCUGUCGACAUCCGGUCCGGUCGGCACCCUCAUCGCCUUUGUCUUCGUCGGCACCAUCGUCUUCUCGGUCAUGGUGAGCUUGGGAGAGAUGGCCAGCUUCAUCCCCGUCCCCGGCUCGUUCACGGUUUACGCCUCCCGAUUCGUCGACCCGUCUCUCGGUUUUGCCAUGGGUUGGAUCUACUGGUUCAGCUGGGCCAUGACAUUUGCCCUGGAACUCACGGCGGCCGGUAUCAUCAUCCAGUACUGGAACAAGUCUCUCAGCAUCGCUAUCUUUAUUGCCGUCUUCUGGGUCGUUUUCACGUGCAUCAACUUGCUCCCGGUGCGGUGGUUCGGCGAGAUUGAGAUGUACCUCUCGAGCAUCAAGGUCGUGACCAUCAUUGGCUUCAUCAUCUUCGCCAUUUGCAUCAACGCCGGUGCUGGCGAGCAGGGAUAUCUCGGCUUUCGCUACUGGGUGACUCCUGGCCCGUUCGCCGAGUCCAUCUACACGGGUGCGACCGGCAAGUUCGUGGGCUUCUGGUCGGUCCUAGUGACCGCUGGAUUCAGUUACCAGGGUUCCGAGCUUGUGGGUGUAGGAGCCGGCGAGACGGCCGACCCCGCCAAGGCCGUCCCUUCGGCUAUCCGCUGGACAUUCUGGGGUAUUUUCAGUCUCUUCGUAUCGACCAUCUUCUUCAUCGGUCUGCUCGUGCCCUACGACAACGGUGGAUUGCUGGGAGAUUCCAGCGAUGCGUCUUCGUCGCCGUUGGUGAUUGCCUGUAACCUGGCUGGCGUGUCGGUCCUGCCCGACAUUAUCAACGCCGUCCUCCUCACUGCCGUGCUCUCGGCCGCACAGUCGAACUGCUACAGUGGCAGCCGAAUCAUCGUUGCCUUGGCCGACGAGAGUCACGCGCCCAAGUUUAUGGCACGCCUCAACCGAAACGGCACCCCGUACGUCGCCGUGUUGUUUACCUCGGCUUUUGGCUUGCUGGCUUUCCUCAACCUGUCCUCGAGUGGUGCCGAUGUCUUCAACUGGUUCAUGAACAUCACGGCAAUCGCCGGUUUCAUCACCUGGUCUUGUAUCAGCGUCUGCCACCUGCGCUUCAUGAAGGCUCUCCGAGUCCAAGGCCUGUCCCGAAACGACCUGCCAUACCGAGCCCCUUGGAUGCCGUACCUCGCAUGGUACGGGCUGUUCUUUUUCAUCCUGAUCCUGCUUACUAACGGGUUCACCGUGUUCAUCGAGUGGAACACCAGCGACUUUUUCGCUGCCUAUAUCAGCUUGGUGAUCUUUGUAGUGUUGUUCGUGGGACACAAGGCCGUACGCCGUACGAAGCCUAUUAAGCUUGCCGAGAUUGACUUGAAUCGUGGCCGGGUAGAUCAAUGA